GAGUCAGUCUCGCCACCUCAACACGCAACCAGACAACGAGCCAAGACACCGGCAAGACUUAGUUACCACUCUGUUUAGGAACACUUGAGUGGUCUGUGAGCACUGAAUCCACCAACUUUUGACUUUCCUGGAUCGAUCGACUGCACGGGUGGUCGACGACAUCAACUGGUGCAGUAGUGACGCCAACUCGAGUCUUCCCCCCUACGAACCAACCCAAAAGACUACUGCAAUUUGGAACUACCUGGUAUCGGUAGACAAGACAGACAGACAGACAGUCGACACCACAAACUCUCCCAUUCGUGCUAUUUACUUACGAACCCAUCUUACUGAUUCAACGUGAGAACAAUGCCUCGACCUCGCAAGAAAGCUCGCUCGUCAUCGGAGAGUGACGACGAAUAUGCGCCGCCGGCUUCAGCUCGUCGCCCAUCAAUUACUGUGAAACCACGCGAGCAACGUGAUCGUCGUGCUCCAGCGGCGUUCACACCAACUGUCGAUACGCCAACGCGGAAACCUCGGAAGCCCAAGGAAUCGGGUCUGGAGACAGACGACAAUGCCACUCCGGCUCCUAGUCCUGUUCGUCCGGAACACAAGCGACUGGAGAACAAGAUCAAGUCGCAGGCACAUCGAUUGCGGUAUCCUUUGGCGUUCAUUGAUGCCUACGAAGGUGAAGGCUGGAAUAAGUCAAGCCUUGACAAGCUCAAACCUAGCAAGGAACUCGACGCAGAGCGCCGCAAGAUAGAGAAAGGAAAACGUGCGCUUAUUGACGGUCUGCAAGAGUUAACGGCGUUGUACGCGAACGAACCCCAAGUGCCACCCAUGGCUGUGUUCGAAGACGUGCAUUGUUCUCGCUGUGGGAGCACCGACGUCGAGCUAGACAACGACAUUCUGCUCUGCGACAGUGUUGGCUGUCAUCGCGCCUAUCAUCAAAAAUGUCAGACGCCGGUUGUGCUGACUGCUAAGAUCCCGGCAGGGGAAGAGCCUUGGUUCUGUGAAGUGUGUCUAGCCGUCUUUGAGUGUCUCAAAUCGAUCAACUCGGUGUUUGGGACGACGUACGAGAACGUCGACGACUUGUUCCCGGAGCUCAUUCAGGCUAAAGAAGCGACAAAGGAUGCCAGUAGCUCUGCUCAGUCGGAAGAGGAGACGACUAGUGCAACUACCCCUGAUGAAGAUGACGAAGAAGAGAACGACGAAGACUUCGUUUUAAACGAAGAAAGUGACGAAGACGAAGAUGAAGAUGAGGAGAAUGAGAAAGAGAAAAAGACAGAACAAGCAGGCGAUGAAGUAGAAAUGGCUGAAGAGGUCCCCGAGAGCGCUCAAGACUUGCUUUAUCUCAGCAAAGACGACGUUAUCGACGUGGACCAUCGAUCGUCGCGGUCUAAGAGUGCGAUUCUACCACCCAAGCCCGCUCAGACGAAGGUGAGUCUCAUCGGUGAGCCUGCAGCCAAGAUCGACCCCAAGACUGGUGAAGUGAUUCUCGGCGUCGUUGCAGCACUGGAGCCGCCAUCUCAAGGGAGAUAUUCGCGCUGGCGCAUUGACUACCGCGAUGAUAGCUCGGAACUUCUGACACGCAGCAAGACUCAGGCUGCCAUCAACCGUGCUGCUGUUGAGGACAGUGAUGAUGAAGACGGCGGUGACUCGGAGGCGCUCAUCGUCCGCGGCAAACGCAAACGCAACGAAGUGGACUAUCGCCAACUGAACGAGUUGAUGUUCGCGGGUAAGGAUGAAGACAGUGAAGAAGACGAGACGUUCGAGGUUAAAGAAGGAAGUGAAGAGGAACCUGACGAAGAAGAGGAGAAUGAGGACGACGAAGAAAACGAGGCUGAAGGUAAAGCAGAGUCGGUUGAAAGCGUGUCGGAUCAAUCAUCGCCAACUACCGUGACUGCAUCCCACGCCGCAGUAUCGCAGCCAUCGGACGGAAAGCACCAGUCUGUCGACUAUCACUCGAUGCAUGAAGCUCUGCUCCAUUAG